AUGACCCAAGCCGUUGUUGUCCGUGGCCGUUUCGCCGGUAAGAAGGUUGUCAUCGUGAAACCACACGACGAUGGUACCAAGGCCCACCCAUUCCCACAUGCCAUAGUUGCCGGUGUCGAGAGACAACCACUCAAGGUGACCAAGGGUAUGGGCGCCAAGAAGGUUGCCAAGAGAACCAAGAUCAAGCCAUUUGUCAAGCUUGUCAACUACAACCACUUGAUGCCAACCCGUUACACCUUUGACGUCGAGUCUUUCAAGAGCGUCGUUUCUGGUGAGGCUUUGGAGGAGCCAUCCCAGCGUGAGGAGGCCAAGAAGGCGUUGAAGAAGGCUUUCGAGGAGAGACACCAGAGCGGUAAGAACAAGUGGUUCUUCACCAAGCUUGCUUUCUAA